AUGAUGAGCCGUUUGGUUCCUUGGAUGGUGAUGGGUCUAUCAAUGGGGGUGGGGUACUUUGGUUUGGAAUCCUUGAUGCGCAGUAACCAGGAAAAAAUGAACGGCAAGAAAAAUCAGUCAACAAAAAGACGUCGACGACGCCAUUCGCUGUACUCCCAACUGCUGCGACAAGUGCAACAAAUGGAGACCAUGAUGUCUUUGGAGAACAUUCCCUAUUGGUUUGUGCAGUGCUGGACUCUGCCCGUGGCAUCCUAUGAUAUUUUGUGGGGCGUCUUUCUGACGGUCCUACCAGCGCAGACCAGUCCCAUUGAUCUGGAUCCAGCCAAGGGAGCUGCCAGAGUGCUUGUGGGACACAGUAGUACUACGAGUACUACUAAAGAAAAUCGUCCACCAAUACAACCAAACAACACUGAUGAGUUUCUGACGCUCCCUCCCCAAUUGCAUCCACGGUUGCCACCCAAACCAAGCAACAACUACAAUGGGAAGAACAACAAUAAUAAGAAAGAACGCUAUGUGGAAAUGCUGCUUCACAGUGUCAGUCACACAGACCUGGUAUUGGGACUUGAAGCCAUUCUUUCAAGCCAUGCUACUACUUCAGGUGAUGCAACGGGAAAUAGUACUGAGGCAAAAACAACAGCUUCAUCACUGAAAUCCAUGUGCUUGGGACGACCCCGGUUCAGUGCUUUUGACAUGUACUGUCGCAAAAUGUUGCAAGCGUUGGAACAGGAGGAACAACAACAAACAAGUGACAAGGCAGAAAUCAUUCUCGUGCCACAGUACCAACGCGCCCAAAAUGAUCCUCGGUACACCAUUCAACCAUCCACCGAUCGACCUCAUGUGGCCACUGGAUUUUGUUGGAAAACAACAUCAGCGAACAGCAGUAACAAACAACAACAAAACAACAAUCCCCGAUUGAUUCCCUUGACACAAGCAUUGGCGGAUUUGCGAGUGCGAGGAAAAGACAUUGCCCGAUUGGAUCCAUGCUACGAAGCAGCUACCAGAACGAACGACGACGAGGCGACCGUGUCGUGGAACAUGGUAGCACCGGAUGGCACCACCACCACCGCCACAACCGACGAAACAACAACAGCGCCGUCACGACAAGACGUCAUGGUGGAACUCAAGGCCAUCUUUUUCCCACUCUUGGCCACGUUGCUGCCUCGAUGGCACGCUCAAAUUGCCAAGAAACAUCACAAAACCAAAAGCAAAAUUCAAAAGGUAUUGGUACUCGUCACGGGGGUUGGUACACCGCGCAAUUGGACACACUCUGUGACGGGCAACUCGACGCAAAUGCUGGCGCAUCUCAUGGAACGAUUCCUGGCCAAAGUACAUCCCGAUAUUACAGUCGUCAAAAUUCAUUCCGACACGAACAUUUUUCGAUACGAUGACAACAUUUUGUUUGUCCAACAAGAGCUGCUCCCCACGGUCAAUGCCUAUCGCGAUGCCCAUGCCAUGCAAGCACCGUAUCCACAUGAACAGCAACAACAAGCAGCUGCAGAGUCAUUGUUAUUGAUUGAUGAUGAUGACGACAAGGAGGAAACUGUUAAGCAUGGAUAUUUGCAACAAUUGAGGCCGAGAUUCGCCAAUAUCAGCAACAACACGCAACCCUUUGACGUGGACUGGAAAAAGACCUUUGCCGUGACACUGAGCUUUGCCGAUGGCAGCCCCGCACGGACUCAUGCCAUUCAAACGGCUCUACGAUUCUAUCGACCAGCGUUUCUACAUAUAUGGCAGCUCAAGACGUUCUGGCACGAGCGAAAGAUUGUGGACGAUGACGCCGAAGUGCACAGUUUUGAAGAAAUGGAAACCAGUCCGGCAUUGGAGUCGACCGAUAUUCGCGAGGGAUUACUAGCCCAAGUCGUUCAAGAAAUGAAGGCAUUCCGCGAAGAAAUGACAGAAACGUUAUUGAUGAAUGAGUCGUCCAAUGAUAUUCAUUCCUUUUGGUUGCGCAAAACACACAAACCAGUUCUGGCCGUGUUGUUGGUGCAAACGGCAGAUGGACCUCCGGUUUUGUAUCGAGGUACCAACAUGGAAGUAAGCAUGCCCACGGGCUCGUUGUGUGCGGAACGCAACGUCAUUGGCACGGCUCUCGCAAGUAAUCCCAAACUCAAACGAGAAGACUUGAAGUGCAUUGCCGUAUUGGCGGUACCCCAACCCAAAGCGUCGUCACGAACGGCACGGGCUGCGUCGUCUGUUGUUGGAGGAGGAGGAAAUUCCAGCAUUUCCGAAGCGGCGGCUGCAAUGGUUUGUGGUAGUGCGCGGAGCUCACGGCACAAUUCGUUGGAUGCCACCAACGGCGCGACGACUACCAUGACGGGUGGGCAAAUGAGACGACAAUCCUUUGAUGAACGAGAAGAGGACUGGGCGCUGAGUGGUAGCGGGUCGGCUCCGUUGGGAAAGAACGCAGCGCACGGUGGGGAGGAAGCGAUUAAGAUCGAAAUGGGCGUCGACACUAAAAGUCAGGUGCAGCAGAACGAGGAGGAAGAAGAGCCAAGUACACCUCUUCAACAGAUCUCUCUGUUCAAAACAGAAUCAUCCAAUUCGCUGGUCGACAUGAUUAAACAAUCCCCGUCGGGGAUUAGCCCGUCGAGGCAUGCCUCGUCGUUGGCUUCUGCCGGCGCAAAGGACAAUCGGAAAACCGUGCUGGUCCGAUCGAAUGCGGAUGACAUCAACCCCUUGCGGCCAUGUGGGGCGUGUCAUGAAUGGUUGAAGAAGAUCGCCGAGUGCAAUCCCUAUUUUCAGAUCCUGACCUUCACUGACGCUCAUUGCAACGGUGUGUACCUGACUCCAUGUCACGAGUAG